AUGUCUGUCAUUUUACCGACUGCCUACUCGUUUUAUCAUCUAUUAGAGAACAAUCCAAUUGCAAAUAAUACACUGAUGCACAGGCACGUGACUGUCUUUGCACCGAUUAAUCAAGCGUUUCAGAGAUAUAAAGGAAGCACCGAGAACAAUUUAGUCCUCUACCAUAUUUCAAACCAAGCUCUAAAAACCGAACAAUUUACGCAGUCAUUGACUUCGGAACUUGACGGAAAUCCUCCAUUGUGGGUUACGCGAAGGCAUGGAUCGAGAGGUUAUGAGGAGGUUUUCAUUAAUAAUGCAAAAAUCAUCGAGGGUAGUAAUUAUGAAUUUACUUUCACACCAAAUGAACAUGAGAAGAAAAGACAGGUGUUACACAAAAUUUCAGAAGUUUUGGAACCUAUUCAGCCACUUCGAAGUUCUGAAAUUAUUUAUAAUCCAAAUGCUUUCCAGUUUCUAAAUCAAAGUGAAAAUUUGAAGUUGGAAAAUCAUCGUGUUCGAACUUUCCAACAACGAGUAAAGCUAACUGAGAAGAGCAAUAUAUUUUCUGCUGAGGGAAAAUUUACUUUCUUCAUUCCUGUGGAUGAAGGAUUCAAACCAUUGCCGCGUGCCGACAAAAUCGAUCGCCAGGUAAUCGACGGCCAUGUUAUACCGAAUCAUGUACUCUUCACCGCCCCCACACCCAGCAACAAACCUUAUGAAACUCUUGCUUUCGGCGACAACCUCAAGGUUACCAUUAGCUUUUCUACUGACCAUACGGAUAAAAACACCGAAAAGUAUUAUGUAAAGUCAGAUACUUUAGUAGGCGAUGCAUCGCAUCCAACUGCUUCCGUACUAGCCGAAAUAGUGAAGCCAAACAUUCCUGUGAAGAAUGGCGUGAUUCACCUAAUACAGAAUCCGUUAAUGGUCGUCGAUACAACUGUUGUAGAGUUUAUUCAGUCCUGGAAGGACAAGGAAGAUGGGCCACUUUACAAGUUUUAUGAGAUGAUGCGCGACCAGGGUGACGAGUUCAUGAAAUCGGUUUCGCGCUACCCGAAUGUUACACUUUUCGCUCCACGUAACGCUGCCUGGGAGGAGCCUGGGGUAAAACUGAUACUCCAGGACAAAAAACGACUUAAGGAGCUGCUUAACCUGCACUAUGUGCGGGAGUACCUGCCGCUUGAAAUAAUUGAGAAAAAGACGAUACGCCAGGUUAAUACAGCGGCACCUCGUACGAGCCUAUAUUUCAAUGUCGUGGAAGGACCAUCAGGAAACCAUACGGUAACAGUGGAAGGCGGUGGUGUUAACGCGACCAUCAUUACUGCUAAUAUCGGCGCGACAAAUGGUAUCAUACACAUCAUCGAUAGGGUUCUCGGUGUUCCUUACACAACUCUUCUUGAUAAGCUGAAGACUGAUCCAACUCUCAACUCGACGUAUCACUUGGGAAUGCGACAUAACUUCAACGAUCAACUUAACGACGGCAAAAACCGCUACACAUUUUUCGCUCCACAAGAUCGAGCAUGGCAAAACUUACACAUCAUGCAACCCUCAGUUUACAAGAAGAUGUUCAUGCCCGAGUUUGCUUAUCACACGAAACAAAUUUUGGAACGACAUCUCAUUGUAGGCGAAGCUUUCACAAUGAAAAGAUUGUUGGAAUUAGAUCAAAACGGGACUUUGAAACUUCAAAGCAUGAGAGAUAAAUUGAAUAUUAAAAUAAGGGAAACUGGAGAAAACGACAAGGUCAUUGACGAAAACGCAAUUCGUUCAAAUCAUGGCGGCUAUCAAAUCGAAUGGAGAGGCAAGAAGAUCAAGGUGAUUCGUCCGGAUGUUGCCUGUACCAACGGCAUUAUCCAUGUGAUCGACGACGUUAUGCUAAGGGAAAAUGAUAUUCAUGUAACGGGUAGCGGCGCCUCCAUGCCUGCAUUAGCCGCUUUAAUCAUACAUCAAGUUAUUACAUUUCUCAUUGCUAAGUUCCUGCUGUAAAUUGAUAGGCAAAACAUUCUAGAUCUAAAGCAAUUCAAUACGAACAUGUGCGACGCCACGUUUUGUCUCACGAAUAUACCUAUAUCAUACAUUUUACUGAUCCGUCUCAACGUUUGUUUGUUGUAACGAAGAAGUUUAAAUACAAAGGUAGAUAAUAAAGGAAGUUAGAGAAAAAUAGAUAGAGAUAGAGAGAUAGAAAGAGAGAAAGAGAAUAAGAGAGUUGAGGAUGAUGGCAGAUCGGAGGGAGGAUAUAAUGAGAGAGAGAGAGAGAGAGAAAGAGUAUAAUAUAAAUAUAAUGGCCUAUUAUACAGCCUUUAUUUUGUGGUCAAUAACCAAUAAUAGCGUAGCAUUAACUAAAGAUUUUUAUCCUAAC